CAAACAUGUCCUAAAAUAUUUAAAGCGAACUAUUUUUGAUAUACUUAAUAACAGCGUCCCCGUCGUAUAUGUUGCCAUCUACACAGUUCAGGAGUCGGUUUUGUUUAAGAAAAUAUCAAAUAAAAGAAUAUUUGCAUUGUUAUGCUCGCUAGCCGAAGAAAACACAUGGCUCUCCAUACAUGUUUGAGCUGAUACACACAAAGGCUCGCUUAACAGAAUGCCAGGUCAUGCUGUAUGCUGUUGUUUGACAUAAUCAUGCAGGAGGCUGUGGACUUGGAGGCCCUACUGGCCUGUAAAGAAAAAGAAUGGAAAGAACUUCAGACUUUGCGGAUCGGACAACUAGAGACUGCUUUGCAAGAGGCAACAACAGAGCUAUCUGCCCAGAGAGAGCGUUUCCUCCGUUUGCGGGAUGACUUCAAGUACAAUCUAUGUGUCCUGGAGGAGAGGGACAGAGAGCUGGAGCGGUAUGAUGCCUUGGCAGCCCAUGCUCAGAUUGAGGACAGUGCCAGGCGAGAAGAGGUCAGUGAACUGAGGAUUGAGAUGGCAAAACUCCAGGAUGCCCUGGAGGAGGAGAGGAAGGCGAAGGAGGACAUAGAAAUGCAAUAUCAGAAGAGAGGAGUUGAUCUCCGACUUAAAUUGGAAAAGAUGCAGAGCGUGAUGGAAAGUGAGAUCCAAAAACUCAGGGAGGAGAACGAAACAUUGAGACGCAAUCUCCAGCGACGAAUUCGGGAAUCCGAUGAGGAGCUGGCCCUGCAGAAACAGGAAGUGAUGGCAGAUUUUGACAGUGAGAUGAGAAAACGGGAGCAUGAAUUCAGUCUAAAGCUGGAUGAGAUGAACAGCAUUGUUCUCUCCCAUGAGCUCAAAGAAAAGCUUUUGAGCAAAGAGCUGGAGGUCCACACCAAAGCUCACAAUCAGGCCACUGAAGCCCUGCAGGCAUCUGAGGAACUUUACCAGCUGGCACAAAAAGAGAUCCAGCGCAGAGAUUGGGAUCUAAAGAACACCACUGCAAUGAAAGACUCCAGGAUAAAAGAGCUUAAGGACAAACUACAGCAAAUGGAGAGCAAUUAUAAAAAAGAGCAGAAAGCCUACAACAGGAAGCAUGCAGAGCUGGAACGCAGGUCUCAGGAGAAAGAGGAUGCACUGGGCCUUAUAAGAGAGGCUCACAAGAAAGAGCUCCAGGAGAUGAGGGACAGGACCUCAGAGCUGCAGGCCCAACUGGACAGGCUGAUCCUGGAGCAGGAGAGGAGAGAAAGGAGCCAUGCAGAUGACCUCCACCAUAAAGACCAGCAGAUACAGGAGCUCAGAACGCAGCUGGAAACAACUCGAUCUGGCUGGGAUACUUACAUCACUCAGGUCUCCAAAGAAAUGGUUGCCAAGGAUACCAAGCUGCUUUCUGUAGGGGAGAGAGAUGCCAAAGUGAAAGUAGAGUUGCAAAGGUGUAAAGAGGAUAUAGAAAGGUAUAAGCAUCAGGUAGCGAGUGGGCUGCAGAGAGAGCAGGCACUGGAGCAGAAGAGAGUUCAGCUGGAGUUAGACUGGGAGCGGCGAUGUGAGGAGGUGCGUUCUGAACACUACCUGAGAAGCGAGGAACUUAUCCAGAGCCUCACAAUGGCCAGAGACCAGGUAACUGCUGAGUUGAGAGAGAAGGAAAGAGAGUUGCAGGAGACGGUGGCACUCCUGAAAUGUGUCACAGUAGAGCGAGAUAAGGCACUGUGUGGAACCAAACCAGCACCAACUGGAACUCUGGCAUCGGACAGCAGCAGUUUCCCUUCAGAGGAAAUCAGGAGACUCCAGCAGCAGAACAGCAGUCUUAGAGCUGUGGUGGCUGAGAUGAGGAAGGAGAUGGAGAUCCUGAGCAAACAGAUGCCUCCAGCUCAGAGUCAGACCACUGAUCCAGAAUCCAGCACUGCAGGGACUACAGAGUACAGUCAGGAUUUGGAGAAAGAGAUGAUGGCUCUUAAGGCCAAAUGUCGUCAUCUUGAGGAGCGGUUGGAGGAGGCGCUGAAGACCACCAAUACCGCCAACACCCCUGCCCUUGCUUUCCCGGUUUCACCUGACAAUGCUUACCUUCAGAACCACAUCAGAUUGCUCAAUGAGACCAUAGGUGGGCUACGAGUGGAAAAAGUAGCCAGUGCUGCUGCUCUGAAGAAACAGGAAGUUAGGCUGGCUCAUUUGGAGUCUGCUGUGGAACAGCUCAACCAGCAGUGUCACUUAAAACACAUAGAAAAUGAGGGAUUACGUCUGGAGAUGGCCAAUCUGAAGAGGGCAGCAGCAGCUGAAGAGGCGAGGAUGAAGCAAACACUAACAGCCACUCAGCUGGAGUUGAAUGAAGUGAGACGGGAGGCAGAGGAGUACCAAAAAGGCAGUUUGCUAUAUAACCUGGAGACGGUUGCCCUUGGUAACCAGGUUUCAGCACUGAAGAUUGACCUUGCAAGCAGAAGAGAGCCAAUUGUUCUUAACCAGAGUGAGAUGGUGAAGCAGCAGCUUCAAGAGGAGAACCUGUCCCUGAGACAGCAGCAGCUGUUACAGAGUUCUGCGAGAGGAGGCGCUGUGGGUGAUGUUUCUCUGCUCCAGUCAAAGCUCAAACAGGCUGCACGCUUGAUCUCCAGUCUCAGUCAGGAUAAACGACAGCUCAUUGAAAUGGGCAACAGGCUCCGAGCUCAGCUGACAGAGGCAGGACUGGAGGUUGCACGGCACUCAAAAAUCAUACUCAAACCAAGUAAUGAUCCAGAGCACAGCCUAGUGGUAAAAGACCCUACUCAAUCAGAGUAUGUAGUCCAGCCACAGCGCCGCUUAUCUACCCUGGAACAGCUACAGUAUCAGCUAACCACUCAGGAGCUUCAAUAUGCUCAGAGAGAUCAAAAUAAGAAAAUGCCUAUUAUAGUUCGUCCCCAAUUCUCUGAGAGUGAGAGAUCAGACAGACACGGAACAACCAACCCCUGGGAGCCACCAGUCAGAGUUCAGUCUCUGGGCAGUGAAGAAAACACACCUUCAGAGCGGAACCAGUCUGAAGCCCCGCAACAGCUGCCUGGGUCACCCCACAAUUUGGUGUCCUCUGUGGGCACAGAUGAGUCUCUUCAGGAUGUGUGGCAGAUGUUGGAUCGAGGUUUGAGCUCCUCAGUGUUUUCUCUAAGUGACAGUGAGGACAAAGGUACAUUGGCUGUAUCAAACAGAGGAAAGCAAGAAAUUAUUUGUCAGCCUUCUACUUCACUGGUCAGUGUGGAGGGCACCAAAGCAUUACUACAGGAGAAGAAGAAACAAAGACACACAACAUUUGUACCUGUGAAAAAGACACGUCCAGCUGGAAAUCUGGGCAAGAUUCGGAAUUACAACAUUAAAGACUGAAUAAAGACAUCAUGAUAAUUUUGGGACAUCCUGUUUAAAGGAGUUUGCUAUUUGAAGAGCUGUAUUAUUGUAAUUUGCUUACUUUGCAUCAUGCCUUUUUAUUUUUUGCAACAAUUUUUGUAAACAUCUAAUAAUUUAUUGUACUGUAUGAUAUGACCAGCAUAUAUAUGAAUCAGCAGUCUUUUAUGAGGCAGAAGAUGAGGGGGGAAAAUUCAUGAAUUUAAUAGAAAGUUUGAGAAACAUAAUUAGAAUUUUAAUUUAUAUUUUCAAAUAGGUGUAAAAUCAUGUUUGUCAAAUGGUCCUUUUUACAGUAUUUAUUAGAAUUUUAUUAUAAAUGAUACCUUACAUUCUGUAUUAAGUAUAUUUUUCUGUUCUUUCUCAUAUCAAUGUGAAUUGCACAUCUUUGAACAACAGUAGCCUCUGCACAGGCCAACCACUCGUGAUUACAUCACAGCCUCAGCAGGUGUAGAUUAAACUCCUCCCACAGCAUUGUCCACACAUCACCCUAUCUCCUAGCAACACCCUUGCAUUCAUUCUUACUGGCUUGUUUUACACUCCUCCGGUUACUGAUUGGUGCAUUUUUCUUUACUGGCAACCGUCAAAAAUUCAUUGCACAGUCGCUCACGUGUCUCUCAUGGGCUCAGUAGCGCCACCACAAGACACCCGGAACAAACUGAGAAGGACACCAUCUGUGUCCCACUGUCACUUUGGUUCAAACCAGUAGUUCUACUACAAUAAGGUUGUGUUAGUUAACAUGAACAAUAAGCAAUACUUUUGCCUCUUAUUAAAGGGAUAGUUCAUCCCAAAAUCAAAAUUCUCUCAUCAUUUACUCACCCUCAUGCCAUCCCAGAUAUGUAUAACGUUAUUUCUUCUGCUGAACACAAACAAAGAUUUUAGAAGAAUAUCUCCACUCUGUCGGUCCAUACAAUGCAAGUGAAUGGUGGCCAGAACUUUGAAGUUCCAAAAAGCAUAUAAAGGCAGCAUAAAAUCAAACCGUAAGACUCCAGUGGUUAAAUCCACAUCUUCAGAAGCGAUAUGAUAGGUGUGGGUGAGAAGCAGAUCAAUAUUUAAGUCCUUUUUUACUAUAAAUCUCCACUUUCACUUCCACAUUCUUCUUUUGUAUUUCACGAUUCGCAUUCUUCGUGCAUAUCACCACCUACUGGGCAGGGAAGAGAAUUUAUAGUAAAAAAAAAAAGACUUUUUUGUCUUUUUCAUUUUUGUUUUUUCGAUCACUUUUGCUGUUAAUGCAUAAAUUUUGCCAAAGUGUGCAUUUUUUGGGGGAAUUUUGAUAUUUCAACCUCAGUUCCUAUAAUACAUCUAUAAUACACUGUGUACACAAAAUAGUUACACUAUGGACAUUAAGGACAAAAAUGUCCCCAGUGAAAUCCAUUAAAACAGCAAUAUUUGAUCCCAGUGCCAUUAAAGCAUAAAAUCAUGAAUUCUAUGAAAUUAUGCUUUCAUUCUGGAGCCCUGGCUUCAAAAUUAAAUGU